UUUAGCGUCGUUACCAUGGUAACGUUCAUUUGUUGUUGGGUGAAGGUUAGCUAACAGAAAUAGCCUUGUGCUACGUUAGUUGGUUAAAAUUGCCGUUGUGGCAGCAGAAAUGGACUUACCGGCCUCAUAUUAUGGAAAACUUGAUAAAAGAAACCCGGUUAUUUCAGCAUUUGAACGAGACAUUAACUCGUUUUUAACACUGAUGAGACGAGUUGCUUCUUCGACUAGCCAGGAUAACAGCUCUUAUGCUAAAGGGAUUAAAAUCCUGGUGGAAAUAUGGAAAAAAUACAAACAUCGACUGCCUUCGAAGAUGUACCAGGAGCGCAUGUUGCAGAUUGCAGAUUUUCUCUUUGGGAUAAAGUUGUACCAGCUAGCUCUCUGGCAGGGCUAUAGUCUCCACCUGCAGGAGUUCAGCUCAACAAAAAUAACUGACAUCACAGACGUUGACCACUUGAUGGCCUGCUUCUUCCCUGAAGGUUUUGAUACAGACCAAGAUUCAUUUGCCAUGAAGAUUCGUGCAAUGCAGGGAUGUGCCCUGUGCAUAUUUGAGCAGGAGAAAAGGCACAGCAUCCUAAGCCAGAAAGGAGUGUGUAAACUGCUUAAUGUGCUGAACUUCAUCAAGAUCAUGAUGCAGGCUUUUCAGCAACAUGAGCACCUCUGCUGGCAAAUAUAUAAUGGUUCAUUACACAUCUACACUAUCUGUCGUUACCUGAUGACCAUGAAUUGUAGUGCACAGGCACUGGAGUACCUUUUGUGGGCAAGCAUCAGUUUAGAGCUCUCCAUCCCUCUGAUGACUGCAAAGUAUUUGCCAUGGAUUGUCACAAUGUACUGUGCUGUCUGCCACUGUUACUAUGACAGCCAGGCUGCGGUGCAGGCAGAGGAAUUUGCCAGGAGAGCCCUUGGAAAAAUCAAUGAGCUUGCAAAGAUGGAGGAGCAGAGUGAUGUUCCUGCCACCAGAGAGAAUCAGAGAGCUUACAAAGAAGCUUCUAUCAAGUUGGCUGCCAUGAUAUUUAAACGAGCGGUGUUUGAGUCCCGCAGGAGACCCAAACCCUUGUUCAGAGCCAAAACCAAAAGCACCCUGACGGACAUACCGAAUGCACCAUGGCCUCGUACUACAACAGAGCGCACACUAAUGGGCCUGUUUGACAGCAGUGCGGCACAGUUCUUGGGCAUCUUAGAAGCCCUUUGGGACAGUAACAGACGCCCACUACAGACGAGGAUGCCAGAUGAACCAGAGCUGCAGGAAGUGAUCCUGGAACUUCUUUCUGCUGGCAUCAGUAUUUUAUCUGGACACACGAGUGAGUCUCUUAGUGCAUUGACACCAACAUCCACUCUGAUGGAUUUAGCCAUUGCAGAGGAAAACAAAGUACCCAUCAUGUCUGCGAUGAGGUUUGUAAAGCUGUUGUUUCAGUACAAGCAGCCAGAUGUCUUUGCUGAACUUGCCAAAGAGAUUCUGCAGGUUUUGCCUGGUGUGGAAGGUCAAUCAUUCAGGAGGGCAGAGGUGGAGCUUGCUUUGUUUGUCAGUUUUAACAGCCUGCAGUCUUCACAGAGGAGCCGUGCUAGAGAAGACAACAUGAUUGAAGGCAAACAUAAGUGUUCACUCUCAAUGAGUGAUGAGUUCAUCGGCCUGGUAGACACCUUACACAAGUCCAUUUGCAGCUCUGUUCCUGAUCUGCAACCAGACGUGGACCUGGUUUUGGAUGUUGUGCUAUUUCUAUGGGGUAAAAUAAAGGUGGCCAUGCAGUGGGAUCAGCUGCAAACUCUGGAGUUUACACAUUACCUUGAGAAGGUAGAUAAUUGCAGCAAGUGGCUGUGGUGUCUGUAUAUGCUGUGUGAGGUGGCCUUUGCUUGUGACCUUGCAACUGUUGACUGCAUAAUGACAGCAGAGAUGGUCCACACGUUGGCCAUGCUGCUAGAGGGUGCAGCUGAACACUGUCAUCAGACACAAUAUCCAGCAGACAGUGAUGAUGUGAAGCCAAUCUCUUUCUCUCUUCUCGAGAGUUCAUGUACAGAGCUGCUGCAGAAGUUGUGUGAGGUGGUGGAGCGGGCUCUUGAAGCUCUGGCGAAGGGUGUAGCCACACUGCUGCCCCAAGAUUGCUCAGCAGUCACUGACACUGCCUUCAUGCAGAAAUUUAAUCCUCCCCCUCUCCCAACACCCUCUGUAUCUUCUCUGACAUCACUGGGAGAGGAAAAUGAAGAAGAUGAAUUGAGUAAGAAGGCAAAAGAAGAAGUGCACACUAAGGCAGAAUCAGACAUCAAAGGCUCUCAACACACUCAGUCCACACGUGUAUACCUGCUUGCAAUAGACCUUUAUGUUGAACUCGACAUCAUCCACCACAGGGCUUCCCUCAAGUUACUGCAGCUAAAUGAAGUCACAGAGUCUGAGCUCUUGGAUCGAAUAAAGAAGAACAAGGUGUCCAAAGCUCUUUUCCUGAUGCAGAAAGCCUUGCUGGGGUUCAACAGCACGGAGCCAAAUAACAGCAACAAUCAAACCAAAAGUCUUCUGGAGGAGGCAUCCACUCUGAUACAGAGAGCAGGAGUGGAGGAGAGAAAACUGCAUUUCUCCAUGUGUAAGACUCCUGCUGAAAGUAAAGACAAAGGGAUGGGGGAGGAAGAAGAAAACCCUCCACCCGCACCUAUCUUACUCUCACGCACUGCACACUCAUUUACCUUUGCCCCAGCACCUUAUAACUUGGAGGGACAGGUGUGUUGGUACCAACUCUGCGGCCGUGCAGCUGAGCACAUUAACUGGAAAGUUCGCCUUGGAGACUGCAGCCUGCCAGGAACUGGAAAUAUGGUACCAGCAGUAUCUGAUGAGUGUGUGUUGAGGGUGGAAGGGCUGGAACCCAAUCAAAAGUAUGUGUUCGCACUAGCAGCCUACAACAGCCAGGGAAAGCUAUUGGGCAACACCAUUGGAGGGACAACAUUCCCACUGCUGGCAUCAAUGCCUGUACCCCUGCUCUCCACGUGGGCUCACUUGGCACAGGUGGCAUUUCAAACAAAGCAGUAUGCCAUAGCAAAGAAAGCCUGCAAAGAACUGCGGAGCCACUAUACCUACCCUGGCCCUAUGUCUCACAGUACACAGGAGAGACUUGCUAACAUAGGGCUACGUGUCCAGACCCUGCAGCACUCCUCACCUCUCCUGUGUCAGUUGUUCCUCACUUCCAUCUUCAUUGAGACAGAAAUUAACAUUCAGCAGGGAUCACUCUAUUGUGACUCAUUCAGUGACAGUGGGCCGUUUAUCUGGGAACAGGAAGCUAGACUGGCAGAGUGUGAGCGUAUGCUGAUGGGCAUGGACCUGGCGAUGUGGUUAAAUGAUGGUUGUGCUGCAGUGCAAGCUGUAGUGAAAUGUUACGGUCUCUUGGCACCUGUGAUUUUCCAUCAGAUCACUUGUGACCCUGUGGUACAGGUGCUGAAAAAGUGCUUGAUAGUGUUGGAGGAGAAUUCAUGUCUACUGAAGCAAAAAUGGACUGGAAACACCUCAGAGUCGUUAAUGCACAUGAUAGCCUGCAUCAGCUACUACCUGUCAAAGGCAUUACGCGUGCUCAGGGAGCAUCAGAUGGCUCCUGUGGUGAUGGACCGUGGUCGCAGGCUGCUUCAAGAGGUCUAUGAUGCCCAGCUGGAGAUAAGCAGACUUUCCAGUCAGGCUUCUAAGGCAGAUCACACUGCAGUCAAGGGUGAAAUGAAAAGUCUUCAGCUGCAGGCACUGCAUUUAAAGACCAGGAAAAGAAUCACAUCUGAAACGGUUCCCACACCAGACAAUGAAAUUUCACAGCCACUUACUGCCUGCGAAGAUCCAACCAUUUUGUAUGAUCUGAUCUCCAACAGCAUAUUAAAGGAUGCCUAUCAACAAGUGAUGAAGCUCAGACACAAGGCAUAUUUUGCUGAAUUUGCGGCACUGCUUCUCCAGAGAACCAUGGAAGACGGCCACCCAGACCUGGUGUUAAAGUGGGGGCAAAGCAUAUUUGAAUUUCUUACCAGGCGUGAUGGGGGGGUGGGACUGUCCACAAAACGUUUGGAGGGAAACAGUCAGACUCUGAAAGGAAAUGAACCACCACAGCAGAACAAGAACUAUGAUACAAGAAAAAAACUAAAGCACAGCAUGCCUCAGAGAGUGAGAACUAACAGAGAGAUGCAAGCUGUGGAGAACCUGCUAACCACAAUGACGUUUGUGGUACAACGGCGAAAGAAGCUGCUUCAGCUGAGAAACAUGUGCUGUGAGGAGAGAAUAUGGAAGUCUCACCUCAACUACAGCAUGGCUCAAGCCCAUUUAGCACUGCUUUACCAGUGCUUGGACCAGCUGCUUGGAGGAGCCCUGCAGCACAGAUACAGCCAGUUAAAUCCCUUAUGUUUCUCUCUGGCCUUCUCUGGCUUCCUGUUGUGGAGGAGCUCACAGCAACAGCAGUCAUCUAAAUAUGCAGUCACCUCAGAGACAGAAUCCUCUCAUUCCCAUCUAAGGGAUUAUCAGGCUGCACACAAAGACAGGAACAAAAAGGAGGUGGUCAGAGUUGAUGACUCUGUUACAGAGGAGAGCUGUGAGGAGGGAGAGGACCCUUCUCAAAGUGUGGAAGAGCAGAAUGAGGUGCACAGACGCACUUCUGUCUUAUUGCUGGAGUCACUUAACAAAGCUGCUUUACAUCUCCGAAGGGCCAUGGUGUUGGCCCAUCGUGGCAGCCACUGGACCAUUCUGCAGUAUGUGUGUCAGACUGUGUGGGACCACAGCUGCAGAAUCGCUGUCCUUAUCCAGAGUACUGCUCAACUUGAACCUCCCUGUCCCAUCACAGCAGACCAGCUGCACAGCACCUUCACCUCACUACUGGUGCUGGCUACUGACCUAAUCAUGGACAUGCUGAACAAACUAGGGGUGUGGAGCCUGUAUGAAAGUGACUUUACUGAGGAGGAGCUAGAGUCCAGUCUCCACUUUUCAGCCCGACUGGAUGACAACACCCAUGUGGACCUGCACUGGGUCCGCACCUUGAUGUUUCACACUCUGGAGUACCUCCAUGACAGUGGCAGAUGGGAAAGCUUGGCCCACUUUGCCUUAGUUUUCAACUCAUACACACGGGAACGUUAUGCCUUGAUCAUAACUCCUCUACUAGUCCAUGCGCAGAGGAGGUUGCUUGAAAGGAUAAGUUCUUUUGGAGGACCUGCAGUUCCACAACCACACCAUGUCAAGACGCAGAAGGCCACUGGCAACAAGGUGACUUACAGGAGCUAUGCAGGCUCCCAGCUGCUCAGUGGGUGGACCCCUCAAUCUGCACAGCUGCUGCCCACUUGUAAAAAAGCAGCACUAGGAAACUCCACUCCUAGAGAGAGAGUUGAUCUUAAAGGUGCAGAGAUACAACACUCCAUGUCUCUUGUGUGCGUUCCUCUGGAUGUGGAAGACACACUGAGCUGUUACCGUCAAGCUCUUGAGAGAAGACCACAUUGUCUACAGCUCUUCCAGCAUAGCCGUUCAUUACUGCUGCUGCUUCUGGCAUACACACAGCCCUGCUUUGUGGCACAGUUUCAGCGCUGUCAGAGCAGAAGUCUCAACCGUUCUGCAAGCCUGGUUGAUUUCAGUCCCAUUAUUAGGCUGACUCCAAACAUCCAUCCUUGUGACAUGACAGAGGAGGACUACAGUACCCCAAGUGCUCUCUACAACCUCCCCAUCAGCCCUGACCAUAAGCAGACCGUCAUUGCUGCAUAUUCCACCUCUAUUAAAUAUCUCCACGCCAAUGGUUAUGACUCCCUCAGAGUUCUGGCGCUGCAUGAAAUGGGAAACCUGCAGUUUUACAAUGGAAACACACGGGGAGCACAUUCAUACUGGAGUAAAGCUGUAGAUUGUGCCUUACAAUGCUCAGGGACGGUAGAGAAAUGGGAUGGUAUGUCCUUUGGGGGUGGCUCACUGCAACAGACCCUGAAACAAGCUGGCAUUUGGGGAUGUCUGCAUGCUGCUGGGCUCACUGCUAAGAUUGCACAGUAUAUCUUAACUUCUGAUAUCAGCCAACGGACCAAGUGCUGUCUCCUGUCUGCUCACCUCUUUAAGUGUGUGCUGUGUUGCUCCCUGGCUCAUCCCCAGGCCGACCUGGAGUAUGCUGAUCACAACAUCGGAGAAGAACUGCUCCCUGGGGUUAACCUUUUCUCUGAGCCGCACAGGGUUCACCUCGGCACAACUGUAACCAGCCUUAAUUUCAUCUGCCAUUGGCUUUUUUCCACAGGCUACUACAUCACGCUACUGCCCAUACUAACCCUUUACCUACAUUUUGUGGGGAAUGUGUGCAGAGAUGUGCAGCGCACUGUUGAGGGCAAAAUACUUAAGAUACGUGCCCUUACUGAAAUGUGUCUGUUCACUGAAGCUGUAAAGGAAUCAGUUCAGCUCACCCAAGGAACAGGGGUCCUUUUGCCUUAUGGACACUACAUUGCCAAAGACAGCCUAAAACCUGUGAAGAUAUUCUUCAGCAACAAGUCUCUCCUGGACAAUGCUGAGGCUGUGGAAGAACUUGUGAACUGUGACUUUGCUCCAGAGGUUCGCAUGCUGUAUGGAUCCACGUUGUGCCUCCGAUUCAACCUUGCUCGUAUUCAACUAGUCUUGGCACUCAGUAACACCGUGGACAGCCCUCCUGCACCAGAUUCUGUUGAAGGUGAGAUGGAAGCUGGCAUAACAAGUUAUUCGGUGAACUUAAAACAUCAUGAACAAAACAAACUGGACACUGAGGGCUCCUGUCUAGAAGAGCCAAAAGUGCUGACUCUUGAUGCAGAGAAGGAGAAGCUUACUCCAGAAAGGUUGAAGUUUCUUUUGCUAGAAGGAGCUUCCUCCUUGUUGCACUCCACUUCACAGCAACUCACAAAUCAGUCGUGUGAGGAAAUAGAGAACCUGGAACUGACAAUAGAGUUCAAUCUACUGAAGGCCAAAAUGUACUUGCAGCAAGGAAAUGUUGCACUUAGUUCUGAGAUGGCAGUUUCUUCCUUGGUGCUACUGCAGACAUCUCCUUUAAUCAUGAGACAAUCCAUACCCGACUCUCAGAAACAUGCAUCUGAUUCCAUGCUCCCAAAUGCCAGGACUGGAUUUCAACAGAGUACUAAAAGUUGCAACCUGUCAGACUUCCUGUAUGCAGACUGCUCCAGAGCAGUUGAGGCCAGUGAACGAAUUGGAAUUUCUUUGUGGAUGCGUUGCUGCCUGACUCUGGUCCAUAGUCUGGCUGCUCACAUCCCUGGAUCUGUUCCCCUUUUCCCAGGUAAGAACAUUGUAGAAGAGGCAGCUCGGUUGUUACAAGAAGGUCUUGAUGAAUGUGCUCUGCGGGGAGACCUCGACAUUCAAGCCCUGUUAAUGGUUGAAAGAGCAGAAUUAGAAGCACAAAGAGGCAAAACUGAUGACAGCAUUGCAAUGCUACAGGAAGCUGUGAGUCUGCUGUCAGGAUGGACAUGCAUGCCACCACGGUCUAGUCUGACUCUGGCUCGGGCCACUUUGUUACUCAGUGACCUGCGAGGAGUGCAAAACAUUAAUCUUCUAAAACUGACACAAAAGCUCCUUGAAAAGCAGCUGCAUGUCUUUGGUCAGAGAGUGGUACUGGAUGAUGGAAAAAUAAGUUUCUCUCCUCCAGGACCCAGCAAUAUUUACCUCCCUUACCUCAACAUACUCCACCAGGUCACUUUACGAACUGGUAAAUAAAAAAACUGUUUGCCAUCUUGUGGGAACAAGACAAAGAGUGUACAGCCACAGUCACUAACAGUCACAUCCUGGAUCACAGUGUCGUGGAAAUGCCAGCCUCAGUCCAGGCAUCACAGUCCCCUUCCUGA